UAUAGACAACAGGCAUAUUGAAGCACUUUUACCUCAAAACCGUCUUGAUUCAUAGACAAAGGACAUCAUGGUUUGGAGACUGUUUGUACGGCAUCUCACCCAGUCCAAUCUCAGUCUAAAUGACCAGUGCGGAAGACUCAACAGCACAUGGACAGUUGGGAUUCUUGCCCUGUUUGCGGUAUUGACGUUUUACAUCCAGACAUCUAACAACACUGUAGACUGCUGGACUCCAUCCGAGUUUACACAACCGAUGCAUUUAUAUGCUAAUAAAAUAUGCAGCGUCUCUGACGUCCAUUACUUACCUCUAACUGAGGAUAUCCCGAGAAAUGCAGAAAGUUCGAGACGUGAUACACCGAUUAAAAUUAAAUGGCGGUGGCUUCCAUUGAUUCUCCUGGCACAAGCAUUGAUGUUCAAGCUUCCUGAUAUUGUCCUAUCAGUGGGACAAGGCCUUGUUGGUUUCAGAUUUACAAAAAUACUAGGACUAACUGAUGGGUAUGAAUCUCUAAAUAUGGUCGACCGAGCCCAAAUGGGAAGACAAGUGGGACGCUACGUAAAGAGCUGGAUAGACUCUACAGUGAUGAAGGGUUGUCCUUGGGGGUGGCUUACGCUGCUUUUUUUGUUCACAAAAUUUUUGUACUUCAUCAAUAUCAUUACACAAUUAUCAAUCAUGGACGGCAUUCUGAAAGCUGAAAACCAUUCUUCCUUUGGAAUGCAAAUUUUUACUGAUAUUGUUACUAACAAUACACUUGAAUGGCGAUUCAGUGAUCCACUAUUCCAUCGUAUAGUGCUUUGUGUUUUCCAAAUAAGAAAAUUACAAAAUGUACAAGUUUGGACUGUGCAGUGUGUCGUUAACAACAUUUUGUACUAUGAGAUGGUAUUUUGUUUCCUGUGGCUGUGGUUUGUGGCGGUAUCAGUCAUAACCACAAUCAGUGGUGUGGUACAACUCUUAACAGUCUUAGUGCCAGUCUUUAGAAGACGGUAUGUUAAGCGGUACCUUCACCUUUCUGUGGAGGUUGGUCCUUCUCCAUCCGACAACGACAUUGGGAGAUUUGUGGGAUCAGAAAUAACAGAGGAUGGUGUGUCCAUAUUAAAAGCUAUUGGAGAGGCAUCUUCUGAACAUCUGGUGCGGGACGUGAUCAUUUAUCUGUGGCAUUCCACACAUGAUCGCUCUACUCGUGGGCAAUACAGUCCUUGUCUACAAGGACCAUCAGAGCAGGGUGGCCCUCCACCAUACAUUUCUCCGGGGCCGGGAGUACAGGGACAAACGCAUAUGUCAGGUGGUGUGGUAAUAUCUCCCACUUCCCCGGCCAAUGCUCAACAGGUGAGAUACCGGCCUCAGCCUGGUACCGAGGCUGUUCCACUGAUGGUAAACUAGCCAAUGUCAGUCGUGUGUGAUAUGAUAGCAUUAUAUCGGCACACCUAUAUUGCCAUCGCUGUAAAACUCCAUAACGACCACUGUAGUCAUAAUGUAUUAGAUUUGAUGUAAUAUAUCGAAGAUGAUUGAAUAUUUCGACAUGGUUCCGUACUUGGAACGGGAACGAAUAAAAUCGUGUAUACAUCAAUGAACGGUGCAAUAUGCCUAGGUAUAGAUUAUGGGUCCACUGUCGUGUAUGUGGUUCAGAAUAUACACUUCAAAGAUUAUUAGCACUCAACAUGUGAAAACAUCAGUUGAAAGAAAUGUAUAUCUAUCUUUUCUAUCUAAUUUUCAUUUAUAUUUUUAUAUCGAAAUACAUUAUUUACAACAUAGUUUAAAAUAUUUAGAAUAUAUGAUUUAUUGGCAUUCAUUAUAAUAUCUAUAACUAUUUUGAAUGUUUAUUUUAUACUGGAUCCCACGAGCAGGAUUGUAAUAAACGACAAAAUCGCAGUUUUAUAGUUGUUUAAAUUUACACAUAUUUGUUGCGGGUUAUGUCUGUUUGAAUAUGCUUAUUUUCGUUCAUUUAUCUGUGGCAUUCCAUACAUGACCACUAUGCUCGUGGGCAAUGCCACCUGGGGCCACCUGAGCAGGGUGUGUUAUCUCACCCUACCUCAGCCGAUGCUCAACAGGUGAGAUAUCGGUCUCAGUCUGGUACUGAGGAUGUCCCACUGGUAGCAAACAAGCCAAUGUAAGUUAUGUGUGAUAUCAAUAUAUUGGCACACUGAUAUGAAGCUCCAAACUUUCCACUAUACUCAUAGUACAUUGGAUUCGUUAGUAUGACAAUGCUUUUAACGCGGUGUUUUUCAAACCUGUGGAUAAGCCUAUCUAAAUUUCUUGCUUGAACGAAUAAAAUGAUAUUUGCAUCAAUAAACAGUGCAAUAGGUCUAGGUAUAGAUUCUGCGUUCAUUGUCCUGUAUGUUGUUUAGAGGGGAACAUUUCAAGGUUAGGAGUAAAUAUCACUUGAAUGAAAGAAAUUCAAAUAUACAUGAAUUCAAUAUUUUUACAGUGUGAAAGAAAUCCCAAGUAGCUUGAUAUGAAUAUUAGCUGGUUGUGUAUGGUUGUAUAUAUCUCAGUUAUGUUACGUUGACUUUCGUAACACGAUUUUCUCUGAUAAUUAUUACAAGAUGAUUAUUAAUUAAAGUUAAAUUAUUUGGUCAACAUCGUGAUAAUUUAAAACGACACUUCAUGAUAAGUAUAUCGACACGUGGGCAUACUUUUGGCCAAACAUUCCAUUCGUUUGGCAAUAAUUCAGUUUCUUAAGUCAUGUAACGUUAAUGCGACUGUAAAUAAUUGGAUGGCAGAAACAUGCUACCAUAUAUAUGACGGAAGUGAAAAUAUCAUUCUGCUAUUUUCAUCAAUAUUUUUAUAAUGAUAUACAAUAUUUACAACACAUAAUGAACUAUUUUUAUGAAGUAUAAUUUAUAUGUAUAUUGGUUUUAUAUUCAGUAUCUCGAACUGAAUUCUAAUGAUAAAACAAAACCAUGGUUUUGAAGUUUUGUCAGUAACUUCAUGUAUUUGUUGCGGGUUGAAAUUGGUUUAAUAUGUCAUUAUACAUUCUUCUAUUUACCAACAAUUGUGCUUUGAUAUAAAAUUGUACUUACUUUGUUUUGAUAAGAAUUAUGUAUGCCUUAUUACUGGAAUCUAUGUGCGUCAAACAAAAUUGUCAGUUCAGAGACUCAAAAUUACGAUAUACUUUAAAUGUAGUACAAGCAUAAAGCAGACAAAUAGUCAACUCUAAAUUGACAGCAGUAAUGAAAUUUGAAGGUUUAAUAGAAUAAAGUAAAAAUAAUACUACAAACUUGGAUAAAGUUAGACCACAAACAACGUGAUCAAUUUCAAAUAUUCUAAUAUUAAAUGUUAAGGGAAUGGGUCAAAAACGACGAAUUUUCUCCAGAAAAAACCCAAGGUACAGGCUUAAAAUGAGCCCAGAAGCUCUGUGAUAAUAAAAUCUAUUUUGCUACACAUAAGUCGAGACGUCUUCACUUCAGUGACAGACACUUAAACACGAGGACUAGGAUUUUCCUGUUUACAUCGCACCGGAACGACUGAUGAUAAAUUAUUGAUCAUAAGUAAAUCAAACUCUGGUAUAGACAUUUAGAAAGACUGGUUAGAUUUAAUAAAGUCUUAAAGACGUAAUAAACGAUUAUGUAUGUCUCAGAAAUUGUGAUAUCCGGAUGGCAAGCGAGUGGAAAUUUAAAAUCCAUGAUGUAAUAAACAGUACCCAUUAAUUUACUGACUGACAACAUCUACUGUCGGGUGUCGUCGAUGAAACCUUUCGGAACACAUGGCUUCAGUAUUGUGAAACAGUGUCAGGCUAGAGUUUCAGAUUUGCCAAUCACAGAUGAUAAUUUUGUGACGUAAUUUGUGACUGGUUAAAUCAAAACAUAAGACAGAUUCUUUCAUGGUCCAGGAGCCUGAUGUUAUUAUCAUUGUACUUCUUCAUGAGUAUCCCAGUAAAUCUUUCUUUUAUUAAUGCUUUGCUCUGUAUUCAUUUGCGUAUGAA